AUGUCUAUAAAUAGUGCAAAGACCCUUAACCUUAAGGAUAACUACGUCCAGAUCAUUAAUGGCAAAGCUGCCCUUACCCAAAAGACCCACCAGGUCUCCGGCUCCGACGCUGGUCGCAGCAGCCCUACCCCUUCACUUCAAAGUCAAUCAUCUCUUGUAGAGUCGCCCUGCAAGUGCGGCUCCAGCAAACCCGACAGCCCCAAGAUCGCACUGGAGAUAUCAGAGGAUCAAGAUGAUGUCUUUUCCGACGCUGUCGAAUCUGUCUUUGAAGAUGAAUAUCCCUCAAUCCAGUUCAAAGCCCUUCGUGCACGACAAUACCUCAGAAAGCAUUAUAGUUUCUAUAAGGAAUCAGACUACUGCAAAGACUUUUACGGCAACUGGGAAGCAGUCAAGCAUCCCUUCAGCUUUCUAACUAUAAUGGCGAAUUUGUAUAAAAAAGAGCAAGGUGAGAAGGAUUGGCCUCUUGAGUGGGAAGACGAGAGUGCUUUGACUUUCUUCCUUGACAAGAUUGUUGCAAAUUGGAUGUGGAAUCUUUCAGAUGGAGAAGUGGCUGACGUUAGGGGGCUAGCUAAGAUCAUGGGGAACUUGAUCACGGUUAGUACUGACGAUAAGGAUGCUUUGAGAAGGUAUCGGGGUGAAGGAGUCGAGGAAGUGAUCAAAGCAGAGGCUUAG